AUGCUCUCAAGUCUCAUUAAGCGACGCAAUCGAUAUGCAAUGCAUGCUAAUGAUAAUAACGUUAUUGAUCGUGAGACUGACACUUCCUCUGCAGCACUUAUCGUCUCAUUAUCGUCGAUCGACUCAACCACACAGCAAAUAGCCGUGCUUGAACAUGCUGUCGCUCAUAUGACGAUACCAGGCGAACCUCCACAACGUCGACGACGUACACGACGGCUGUCAAAGAACUGUCAUACAUUGAGCAAAUAUGGCCCAAUGCAUGCACAUUUCCGACGAAUCCAGAGCUCGAAAAUCGAUGCCAACCAGACGCAACUCCGACGGAAAAUGCUAGCGAUGCAGGAGAUGGAGCUGAUGCAUCAACAGAUUUCGGCUCUAGAGAGACGACAGACACUGCUUUCGUCCUUGUACUUGGCGCGUCGAACGAACGCCUUACAGCUUGUAUCGGACAAAGUGCGUGCUUAUUACCAGAGCUUCUCGCGCGGAUACGACCCAACUCAGAGCAACGCGUGGGAGUUGGAAGCAAAAGUACGAAGCAUGAUCCUACCGGAUGUGGAGUCUCCAGCGUUCCAUAAUCUGGAUGCGUUCUUUGUGCAAUGGUAUAACUACACACGCUAUCAUGCCGAGAUUAUACAACACUGCGAGCAGAUCCAACCGCUCGAGAGCGAUGAUCCGGACGUGUAUCUUGUCCGCUGUGUCGGGCGGUUCACUCUGCGAAUCUCGCGUGACACUAUCCGACACUUUUUCCAGCCACUGCUCAAUGACGAAGAAUUGGUCCAGCGUCUCGUUGGUAAGACUUACAGCUUUCCUUUCGAAUCGCAUUUCUACUUCAAUGCUACCGGUCAAGUAUUCAAAUGGGAACCACGAGCUGAAGUAGCAUCAGGCAUCUUUGAUCUCUUGGUCGAUCCAUUCACGACUGUACGUGUGCUUGGUGCCUCCAAAAUCUCUGAAAACGGAUGUAUGCACGCCUACGUGAAUCAAGAUGAAACAUCUUGA